AUGGCACUGCAUUUUCACAGAACACCAAUAGUUCUCAGCGCAACGACGCUAAAAACUUUAGUAUCCCGUUACAGGGAAUACACUAAACAGGUUGAGUACUCAGCAAUAGAUGAGGAAACUUAUCAGAAAUGCAGAUCAGCCACAGCACUUUUACAAAGUAGCAUAAGGCAAAUAAAAGAAGCAAGAGAAAACCUCCAAGAAUUAUAUAACGAGGUUAGAGAUGAGUAUAAAAACUGCAAAAACAAGUCCGAAAGGAAGGAUUUGAUGAUUGAAAUUGAACAAAUAGAGGAAGAAUCGCAGCUACAAUCUGCGAUAGCUGAAGCAAACGACCUAACAUUCAUGCUAACAGCGCGCCUUGAUGAAACAAAAAAUAUGCGCGAAAAUAUGGAAAUCAAACUGGGAUACAUGUCCCUAAAGCCCCAAAGAGACAAUAAUGUCAACAAUGAAGAAAACGAAGAAGGGGAUGGUGAAAUUGAUAAUACAAACGAAAAUUGCGUGAGAGACACCACAAUGCCAUCUUGCUCGCAAGACACAUCAAAUUCAGCAUCCACAUGCAAUAGUGGCACAGCCAAAAGGACGCUGAGGUCAAUAAAACCUCCACAAGCCACACUACCAAAAUUUUACGGGAAUUCUGACGACUUCCCAGAAUACUGGGCCAUUUUUGAAGCCCUUGUCCAUAACAGUGAAGAACUGGACAUUAUGGAAAAGAUACUCCUACUCAAAGAAAGUUUAAAGGGUCGAGCGCAAACAGCCAUCAAAGGGAUAAAACUCAUUCCUGAAAAUUACAAUUGGUUGAUCAAAACUUUACAGGAGAAUUACUCCAAUCACCAGUGUAAUAGAUCACAAAUAGUCAAAAAAUUGGUCAGUAUGAGUGUGGCAAACAAUUCCGCAGACAUCUGCUCUGCAACAUUUGAUCAAAUAAGAAUGCUGACCAACCAAAUGAUUUCUGCAGGAUAUCAUGUAGGGAAAACCUGCGACCCAAUGUGGUGUGAAACAAUCUUAUCUAAAUUCCCUGAAGACAUCAUAAAAUCUGUAUUAGUGGCCAGUCAAUCACAAGACCGGCAAACAGUUGAUGACCUCAUGAAUCUCUUAAAAACAGAGAUCACUGCAAAAGCCUACGUCGAAAGCAGACUUGGCCAUAAACAUAUCAACAAGGCCAUCCCAUCAAAGACCAAUCAUGACAACUUAAGGACUAAUCGUAACUGCUUGUUCUGUCAUAAGGACAAUCAUGUAUCAAUGCAGUGCCGAACGGUCACGGAUCAAAGCAUUCGCCGCAAGAUGCUUAAGGAGCAGAAUCGCUGUUGGAAAUGUUGCUCCCCUAAUCAUAGCAGCUUUGAUUGUCAAAGAUCAGACUGUCUAAAGUGCGGACAAAAACACCAUAUGAGCCUCUGCUUUAAGACAGAGCAACUCAGCCAAAACAACAGCUCGAAACCCAAAUUUGUUCGUGUUGGCCAAAACCAGCAAAGGCAACACAGCUGGCAAAAUAGAGAAGAAAACAAUCGAAAUAUUCCACAAAGGUUCAAACCAAUAAACACUCAGGUGUCUGUGGAACCCCCACAGAUCAAGGAAAACUCCAUUCAGCACAGUCAAACUAGCAAACAACUAAUAUUAAUGACUGCUGAAGGCAAUAUUUGGAAUGCCAGAAAACAGACAUAUGAAAAAGUGCUAUUUUUCUUCGAUUCUGGGGCACAAAAAACAGUAAUCGAAGAAAAUCUUGCACAACAGCUCGGUCUACCCAAGAACACGACCGAAAUCUGCACCAUGUCCGGAAUUGGUGGCCAUAUCGAGUGCUUCGAAAGUCAUAAGGUUCCGGUAAAACUAGGAACUGCUUUCGGAGAAGAAAUUUGCAUGACCAUACAGACCAAACCAGUCAUAACAAACGGAUUCCCUUCAGUGAAAUUGAACACAGAAGAUAUUGAGUUCUUGAAAACAAACACUAUCUGUCUAGCAAAUUCAAAGCUUCGUGGUGAACAUCAAAAUCCACACAUUCUCGUUGGACUGGACUACUACCACGAUUUAGUUACGGAUCCAGCAAACGGAAUCCGAACACCAUCUGGCUUUCAUAUAGCAAAAACGGUUUUUGGACCCACAAUUUAUGGUCGAGGAAUCAGCAAAGUAAGUGAAACCGCUAACACAGUAUGUCACAGCCUGACAGGAAUUUCCGAAAACACGGAACAAGAACUCUUACAAAAAAUGUUUGAGUUGGACGGCCUCGGUAUCAUGCCGGAAGAAACCCAGGGAGACGAAAAAGUUCAAAGAUAUUUCGAGGAAUACUCGAAAUUGAUCUCAUUUGAAAACAACAUCAUCACAGCUCCCUUUCCGCUGAAAGAAAAUGUAAUCCAGUUGGAAAAUAACUACUCAGUAGCUAUAAGAAGGCUAGAAUCCUUACAAAACAUCCUCUUAUGUAAUCCUGAACAAAAGCAAUGGUACUGCGAUCUCGUGAACAAAUAUGUCAGUGAAGGGAUCGUAGAGACCUUCGACACAGCAGACCGUUAUGCGGCUGGAAUAUAUUAUAUGCCACAUACAGGGGUAUGGAAACCACAGAAAAAGGUCCCUUUAAGGAUAGUCUUUGAUGCUUCGUCUAAACGAAGAGGCCACCUCAGCCUGAACGACGUCAUUCGAAAAGGGGAAUCCUUCGUUAACAGAAUACACGACAUUCUUACCUCCUCAAGGUUCACGAAGAUCGUCUUAAUGUGUGACAUUGAAUCCGCCUUCACACAAAUUCGACUGGUAGACGCACACAAGGAUCUAUGCAGAUUCUUGUGGCUUCGGAAUGUCAAUCACCCACCAACAAAAGACAACGUCGUCGAAUAUAGAUUUAGAAGGUUGCCUUUUGGCGUUACAGCUUGUCCGAGUAUACUAAACAUGGCGAUUCUGUCCUACUUGGAAUCCCAAAACUCGGAACUAUCCACAGAAAUUGCCGAAAAUUUGUAUGUGGAUAAUAUACUUUUGCAAGCAGAAUCGGUUCCUGAAGCUGUAAGAAAGUACAAGGAAUCAAAGUAUCUCUUUAGCAAGAUAGGGAUGAAUCUACGCGAGUAUAUCUCAAAUUCUGAAGAAGUAAAUUCAAGAAUUCCAUAUUCCGACAAACUCCAAUCUGGAUCAAUGAAAAUACUAGGAGUUGAUUACAAUACUAUAACAGACAACUUUACUGUGAGAACAAAGUUUGUUCACAAUAAAAAAUUAACUAAGAGAGAUGUCGUGAGCCAAAUUAAUUCCAUUUACGACCCAAUAGGUCUCACAGGACCGCUCAUGGUUAAACUGAAGUCCAUGAUGCGAGAAAUCUUCGAUUCAAAAGUGGACUGGAAAACUCCGCUUGAUCAAAAGAUAUGCGACGAAUGGUACAAAUUGUGUAAAGAAGUAGAUCUAGCAACAUUAUCAAUUCCUAGGUACGUACUAUCACCCAGAGUAGGUGACCAAAAACGCCUUUGGUUGUUCGCAGAUGCAAGCAGGAUUGCAAUCGCAGCUUGUUCAUACUUACAAUGUGUCCCCUCUGGCACAAUUUCCGGCCUGAUCUGUGGAAGGACGCGAUUGACCCCCAAAAAGUUACAUCAGACUAUCCCAAAAUUAGAGUUGCUCGGAAUCCUUAUAGCAGCCAGAUUAGGAUGCAGCAUAUUAUCAGCUGUCCAAGCAAAAAUCGAAGAAGUGAACAUAGUUUCGGACAGUGAAAUUGCCUUGUACUGGAUCAAAUCUUCAAAAAAAGUUCCUGUUUUCGUGGCAAAUCAGCGAGCAAAAAUACUUAGUAUUAAACAGCAGCUCGAUAAUCGUGGUGCUACGGUCAAAUUUUUCCAUGUUAGCACCGAAAACAAUCCAGCUGAUGCUGGAACGAGAGGUCUGACAGCACAAGAAAUUAUCGAGAACGACUGGAUCAAAGGACCACGCUGGCUAGAAAAUCACUGCAGCGAGUGGCCUAUCAAGUCGAUAAACACACUAUCUGACGUCCAUGAGAAUGACGAAAUAGAAACAAUGGUUACUACUACAUUGAAAGUAACCACGUCAGAAAACAAACAACAAGAACAGCUUAUUGAUCUCAAGCGUUUUUCGAAAAUCGACAACGUGCUACGUGUGCUAGCAAAGACUGCAAAAACAAUGAAAAAUUGGGUUGCAAAAACCAAUCAAAAUCGCUCGUCACCGAUAAAAGUAUCAGAAGUCGACAAAUUUGAUAACGUGUUCGAAAUAACCGCAUCAGAUAUGGUCAACGCGGAACGCCUUCUAAUUAGCCAUGAACACAGAAGCAUUAAUCUUGACGCUCUAAAAAAGCGAUUUCAUGAUAAACUGAUUAUUCGCGACGAAGACGGAAUCAUUCGGCACCACUCCCGCCUUCAAAAUGCCUCAAUUCCGUAUGACACAAAGUCACCGAUUUAUAUCCCAGAAGACUCGGAAUUAUCCAGGCUGAUCGUGCAGGACAUUCACAUCAAAAAUGGUCAUUCUGGCAAAGAACACACUCUUUCAAUCGCAAGACAACGCUUUUGGAUUUCACGUCCCUCUUACGUAUUCAAGAAAUUCCUAAAAGGUUGCGUCAUUUGCAAAAAACACCAAGGUCUUCCCUUAGGAGCACCGAUCAUGCCUCCACUACCGAAGGACAGGGUCAUAAAGUCCAGACCAUUUCAAAAUGUCGGAUGUGACUUCAUGGGUCCUUUCACUUCAAAAACUCUCGAGAAAAUGUACGUGUGUUUAUACACAUGCCUUACAACUCGAGCACUACACUUAGAAGUGGUAGAAAAUCUUUCGGCAGGAGCAUUCCUCAAUUGUUUCGUGAGAUUCGUCUCGCGCAGAGGAGUUCCAGAGAUUGUCCGCUCAGAUUGCGGAACCAACUUCAAGCUUGGUGAAGUCAUUAUCACAAAGAUGUUCUGCGACCUCAACGAGAAUGGUCGAUCUCUUAUGUCGUAUUGUGCAUCCCAACGAAUAAACUGGAUCUUCAAUCCUCCUGGAUCCCCCUGGAUGGGUGGUGCAUGGGAACGACUAGUCGGUUUAACCAAGAAAGCGUUUAAUAAAUCAAUAGGGCGCAAACGCUUGAGUUUUGCAGACAUGUGCACCGUGAUCACUCGAAUUGAGGCGAUUCUAAACACAAGACCUCUCACGAAACUGAACUCCAGUGAUAUUGCAGAGAUACCAUUGAGGCCCAUUGAUUUUUUGAAGGGAAAUUUCAACUACUCGCUUCCGAACGACAAAGUUGCAAACGUAUCGGGCGAUCCUGACUACGAUCCUAAUCUCAUCCAAACAGAAAAACAGGCACUUGAAGCAUUUCAAACAUCAGAAAUGAUAGCCAAUAAAUUCUGGGAGAAAUGGAAUGUUGAAUAUCUGACCUCAUUAAGAGAAACACAAAAAAUCAACCUCAAACAACCCAGACACCUACCAAGAUCACUCCCAGAAAUAGGUGAAAUUGUUUUGAUUGAAGAAGAACUAAUACCGAGAGGGUGCUGGUCAUAUGGUAGAAUCACGGAAAUUAUAUAUAGCGCCGAUGGUUCGGUUAGAUCCGCCAAAGUACUUUUACCGAACCGAAAAAUAAUUCACCGUCCUCUGAACAAAAUUUUCCCCCUGGAAAUCCGAAGUGCCCCAGAGGACACAACAAUAAACACCCAAAAAGAUCAACAUCAACCUAACCAAGAAAGGAGAAAACUUCCAGCUCGUGCCUCAAAAACAGAAGCGUAUGAAAUAAUCAGAGACUACGAACUAGGACUGGAAGGUGCUCAGUACACUAUCCCGCGAACACCUCUUGCACUAACUAUUAUUGCAAUGUUGUCAAUGAUAUCUCCAACAUUAGCUGAAUGUGUCCCCAAGAUAGCCUGCGUGAAAGGAAAGAUCAAUAUCUCACCUCCGAAAGGUUCCUUCCAGCUAUGUUUUGAUGAACAUUGCCGAACGUUCAAUGAGGUCACGAAAAACCUCACUUACACAGUACCAAUAUCCCCUCACAACGAUCAGGUAAAGGUUGCACUAAUAAUGAUAGGCAACCACAGCAUGGAGACACUUGAGACAACAUGCAACCGACCAGACUUCUGCGAUCAUCAUUACUUUCUCUCAAAAGCUCUUCUAGGCAACCCUCACUGUUGGCCUGCAGGAGCAAUCGCUACCCUAGCAGUAGUGAUUUACAUUUUUGCCGUAAUUCUGGCUAUAUUAGUCUGGUCAAUGUACAAACUCAGACACGCUAACAAAGCUGUACCAAUGGAACAACUACCUAUGAUUACUACACGACACAAUCGUAGUAAUAGCCCUAACGCGUUCGUUCCCGCACCACUUCCAUGUCUAACUGCAAUAUGUCUAAUUUUAACCACCGUUCUAACAAGUGCGAAUGCAUGUCAACGCGGAUACAUGCGGCACUCAGCGAACCUCAUUUGCAAUGAACAAAGCAAGUGCUUCUAUCAGUACAAUGAGGAACUCUUAUUUAAUCGCCUUACCUCCAAAAUUUGCAUACAAAUCAACCACUCGAACAAAACGCUUGGGUUCAUUAGGGUCACCAAAAAACCAAUAAAGUUGACCUGCUCCAAGGUUCUGGAAUUCUUCACAAGAGAGACUGAAGUACGUGUAUACCACGUUGAAAGAUGUGCACAAGCAGGGUCAUGCGUUGACAAUAAAUGUCACACAAUGCCAUCUAACGAAACUGUCCACGAACUGAGAAAGUACAAGAGGUACCCAGGUUAUUCUGGUUGUAUAUCGAUUUGUGGCGGCAUACCAUGUGGUUGCUUAUUGCCACUCCCCGCAUGUCAGUUCUACAGAGUCGUAAAUCGACCCACAUCUCGAUCAAUCUAUGAGGUGAUUAGGUGUGCAGAUUGGACCGCAUCGAUCGAACUCGAGAUCGAGGUAAUCCUAAUGGGGAAGAAUACGAAGAAGUCUUUGUCGAUGAGACCAUAUAUGACAGAAAUCGUCGAAAGAGUCAACAUCACUGUGAUAUCCCUACAAAAACCAACGAUCACAGCAAUCAAUCAGCGGUAUGCUAUCUCCGAAAAUGCAGCCUUCAUAUUACCGGACAGAUUCGUCGUGCCAGUAGAAUGCAGCGAUGAAGUCCAAGCACAAACCCAGUUCUCUACUUGCACGAAUCGUAUAAGGUGUCACUGUGAAAACGCCCACAGAUGUCAAUGUCCAGAAGAGUCCUUGAGUCACCUAAGAAACUCCUCAGCAUUACCAAUAGAAACACCCUCCUACAACCUCACAAAGGAAGACGAUAGUGUGAUGACUAUAACUGAGGAAGGAGAAUUCGUGCUCACACUAGACUCCAAAAUACUGGUGAAUGCGUCAGAAAUCGUGACAAAGAAAAAGUGCGAAAUCCAGACAAUUGAUCUCACAGGUUGCUACAACUGUGAACAUGGAGCUAGACUAGUUACUAGGUGCCGUUCACAACUGGACAUCAGAGUUACAGUUGUUUGCAAAACAUUCGAGUUCGUCAUUCAUUGUGGGCCAAUGAAUGUCAACAAGACCACUUUGUUAGCCUUUGAUCAUGCCAUUGUCCGAGAAACAUGCACAACCGACUGUUCAGAGAAUGUCGAUAUCAAAGGCGUGCUAAGCUACCACAUUGGGCUCAACACGGCUGUCUUUGAAGCAUCUGAUCACUACGUUCUGAUCAGAUCCCAAUGGUUUUCGGACUGGAGCAUACCUGAUGUAACUCCUAUGAUCACCGCCUUAGCCAAACAUUGGAAAAUAACGGUUGCAGCAUUAGCAUCAACCGUGAUUCUCACAGCCCUAACCUACGUGGCGGGUCCAGUGGUACUACUAUACCUAGCAAAAUGUGCAGUUUACCCCUUCAAAAUGUUGCUCGCAGCUGGCCGAUUCCUUUGCUGCGCGGCAAAGGAGCCGAUCAAUCGUCAACCGAUCCCUCGAUCAGCCACGAUCAACCAAAAUUGGAUUGAGUUGGCUUACCGAUCAAACAGCUGCCACUGUAGCCAAUCCUCUGGUCCUCUCGAGUCGCCCGCUUGUGGGCUACCAGCCGAAGAAAUAACCAGAGCGGAUUUAGACCGCGCAGAAAUAGAUCAGAAAGAUCAAAAGUGCCGCAAAUAA